AUGAAAGACCAAAAAUUAGUUAAAAACUGGUAAGAAUAAAGGAAUCAAAAAAAAUAAGAAAAAGAAUAAGAAAUACUAUUAGGAGAAGGAAAUAAUAUAUUGGCAUAUGAUUAAUACAAUUUUGAUGAAUUACCAAUAUAAAAACAUAGUAUAAAAUAAUAAAAAAAUAUAUAUAAAACAAAAAAAAACAAAGAGUAAGAAAUAUUAUAUUGUGUUGAAAAUUAUUCAUGUGUAAUAGUAAUUGCAGAAACUGGAUCUGGAAAAACAACAAAAAUUCCAUAAUAUCUUUUCGAAGCUGGAUAUGGUAUAAAUAAUAAAAAAAUCUGUAUUUCCCUCCCACGUAGAAUAGCCGCUAUAUCAAUCGCAAAUCGCGUAGCCUAAGAAAUGAAUUGUAAAAUCGGUGAAGAAGUAGGCUAUAGUGUUCGCUUUGAUGAAAAAACAGAUGAUGAUUUAACUUAAAUAAAAUAUAUGACUGAUGGAAUGUUAAUAAAUGAAAUAUAAAAAGAUCCAUUAUUAACAUAAUAUUCAGUUAUUAUGAUUGAUGAUAUACAUGAGAGGACUAUAAAUACGGAUAUUAUUUUGGCUUUAUUAAAAAAAAUUCGAAGGAAAAAUCCUGUAUUAAAAUUUGUGAUUUCUUCUGCCACUUUAGAAGGGAAGAAGAUUUUUUCGUUUUUUUAAGAAAAUUAAUUUCAGGCUAAAAUUUUAAAUAUUUCAGGAAGACUUUUUCCUGUUGAUAUCUUUUAUUUGUAAGAAAGUUGCCAAAAUUAUGUUUUAUAGGCUUUAUUUACUACACUGGAUAUUAUUUAUAAUAAAAAGGAAGGAGAUGUCUUAGUUUUCUUAACUUCUUAGUAAGAAAUAGAGGCAUUUAUGGAAAUUUUAUAUAAUAGACUGACUGAAAAGCCUGCUAAAGUGAAGAUACUACCUUUGUAUUCGGGUCUGCCCCAAGAAGAAUAACUAGAAGUAUUUAAACCUGUUGACAAUAAUACAAGGAAAAUUAUUAUAUCAACCAAUAUAGCCGAAUCUAGUAUUACUAUACAAGGAAUAGUAUAUGUAAUUGACUGCUUGCACUAAAAAAUUAACUACUUUGAUUAUAAAAAGGGUAUAGAUAAUCUUUAAGUAAUACCUAUAAGUAAAUAAAGCGCAAAAUAAAGAGCAGGUAGAGCCGGAAGAGUAUAAAAAGGAGAAUGUUAUAGACUUUGUAAAAAAGAAGAUUUCGAGAAAAUCUUAUAUAAUGAAAAUACACCGGAAAUACUAAGAUGUAAAUUAACUGAUUUUAUAAUUUAAAUAAAAAAUUUGGGCGUAGGAGAUAUUUCUUAAUUUGAACUUUUAACAAAACCAAAAGAAGAAGCUUUUGCAAAAAGUUUAGAGGAACUUUUUGCUUUUCAAAUAAUCAAUAAAGAUUGUAAUUUAAAUGAUUUAGGUAAAUAAGUAGUAGAAUUUUAGUUACCAUAUAAUUUAAGUGUUUUACUUUUGAAUUCUUUUUAGGAAGAAUUUGGUUGUUCUGAGGAAAUUUUAGCCUUAUGCUCUAUUUUAUGUCUAUAAGGACAGGUUUUUUAUUCUCAGAAUGAAGUUUAAAAUAUUCUGAAAGUGAAAAAAAAGAUCGGGGCUAAGGAAGGAGACCAUUUGACGUUAAUUAAUAUCUUUUUAUUAUAUAAAAAUAUUAAAAAUUAAAACGGAAAAAAUGGCUUUUGUAACGAAAAUAAAAUCAAUAGUAAAAGCCUUCAUUUGGCUUUGAAAAUUUACGAUUAAUUAAAGGAAAAAUGUACCUUUUUGGGGUAUAAAAUAGUCUCUGGAGCAAGUGAUAUUGAAGGAAUUUUAAGAUGUUUGGUAAAGGCAUUUUUUUUAAAUGUAGGGUAGUUACAACCUGAUGGAUCUUAUAGAAAUCUGAGAAAUAAAGAGAUAUUAUUUUUACAUCCGAGUUCUAUUUUGAAUAUAAAACCGCCUUAAUGGGUUGUUUAUUCGGAUUUAGUAUUCACUAGUAAGUAUUAUAUGAGAGAAGUUUCAGAAAUAGAAGCGAGUUGGUUAUUGGAGUUAGCAGGGCAUUAUUUUAUAGAUGUCAGGGCGAAAUAAAUGGAGAAAAAACACUAGGAAGAAAUCUAAGUUUUAAAUAAAUAAGAAAAAUAUGGAAAAGGUUUUGAUAUUGGGUUUAAAAAAAAAAAAGGGAUGGAUUUUUCGGUUAAAAAAUAAUAAGAUGAUGAAGUUAAAAAGAAAAUUAAACUUAAUUUACCUAUAAAAAAGGAAAAAUAGAAUAAUAUUCUGUCUUUUAUUGGUUAUGAAGAGUAAGAUUGA